AUGAAGGCUACUGUGAAGUGUGCAUUAUUAAUCAUUUUAGUUGUGGAAAUCAUUAUAGGGUGUUUAGGAAAUGGAUUCAUAGCUGUGGUGAACAUCAUGGACUGGACCAAGAGAAGACGGUUCUCCUUAGUGGAUCAGAUCCUCACUGCUCUGGCCAUCUCCAGACUUGCUUUUGUGUGGUCACUACUCACAGUUUUAGUGAUAUCUGAGCUUCACUCAUCAUUGUUGAUAACAAGAAAAAUGUUGAGGAUAAUCAAUAAUUCCUGGACAGUGACCAAUCAUUUCAGCAUCUGGCUUGCUACAUGUCUCAGCAUCUUUUAUUUUCUCAAGAUAGCUAACUUUUCAAAUUCUAUUUUUCUUUCCCUAAGGUGGAGGGUAAAAACCGUGGUUUCAUUAACACUGCUGGUAUCUCUUCUCCUCUUGCUUGUAAAUGUUAUCGUCAUAAACACAUGUAUUGUUAUCUCGGUUGAAGGAUACAAAGUAAAUAUGUCCUACAGUUUUCAUUCAAACAACAAUCCACAGAUUUCUAGGAUUCCUUUAUUCACCAACACUAUGUUCACCUUCAUACCCUUCACUGUGACUCUGACAAUUUUUCUCCUGCUCAUCUUCUCUCUGUGGAGGCAUCUGAAGAAGAUGCAGCAUCGUUCCAAGGGCCCCAGAGACCCCAGCACCACAGCCCACAUUAAGGCCCUGCAGAUGGUGGUCACCUUUCUCCUACUAUACACCAUUUUCUUUCUGGCACUUGUCAUGCAGGCUUGGAAAAAUGAGGUUCAGCCAAAGACUGUGUUCAACUUGGUUUUCGAGUCGAUAGCACUUGCUUUUCCUUCAGGUCACUCCUGUGUACUAAUUCUGGGAAACUCUAAGCUCAGACAGGCUUUUCUGACCAUAAUAUGGUGGCUGAGGUCCAGUUUUAAUGCUGCAGAACUCCCAGGUCCUUAG